GCAGCCGCCGGGGGUCACACGCCGGCCCGCCCGCCCGCCGCGGCAGCCAUGGGACCGCGGGAGCCGCACCGCCGGCUGGAGGCGGUGCUCGGCACCCUCUACGACCUGGGUGAGGAGCCCGGCGGCGCUCGGCGCGCUGCAGAGGACGGCGGAACGAGAGCAGUGCCGCCGUCAGCGGAGGAAGACGAAGAGGAGGAGGAGAGACGGGAGCCGCAGCCGGCGGCGGGCGGGCGGCGCGGGGCCCGCGGCUUCUUCGGGGAGCUGCGAGCCGAGCUGAGCGCCGCCGGCGCUGCCCCGCCGGCCCCCGCCGCCCCGCCCGCCGUGGAGGUCGUGGUGUUCCGCGGGAGGAAGAGGAAGGAGCGGCACGGCCCCUCGGCAGCGCCCGCCGGCGCAGCGCAGACCCAAAUAGUGAAUGAAGAGAAAAAUGCAGUCAGACAAGAAUUUAACUUUGAAAAGGCUCGCCUGGAAGUGCACAAGUUUGGAAUCACUGGCUACAAGAAGCAGGAACAACGUGUCUGGGAACAGGAGCGUGCUAUCAUGCUGGGGGCCAAGCCCCCCAAAAAGGCACAUGUGAACUACAGGACUUACCAGGAGAAACUGAAAGAGAAAAAAGCAGUGAAAGAUGCUGAUAAGGAAAAGGAACAUAAAGGUGACUCUAUUAUAAAGAAGAAGAAGCAUAAAGAACAGGAGAGGAAGGCCAAAAGGAAGAAAUCUGUGCCUAGCAUUUGGCCUGCAGGACAAGUUGGAAAAUUCAGAAAUGGGACCUUGAUUCUGCAAAGCCGUGACAUAAAGAAAAUUAAAUCAUCUAAAGUUAGCAAAUGAACUUCAUGAUACAGAGUGAAAUGGACAAUAUGCAUAAGAGAGUUCACAUUGCUACCAACACAGACUUCUGGAGCCUUUUGCCUAUCCACCAUAUCCUAAUUUUUUAAUCUUGUUAUUACAGGAUUUUUAUGUACCAUUCUGUCUUGGGAUGAAUAUUAGAAUUUACCAUUUUAUAAAUAAAGAUUAGAGUUCUUAUCAAGAA